AUGUGUCGCCACUACGUUGUCAUCUACACCUGCGGGCACUUUAAAUUCGACGUCCGAUUAUGCUCCAACAGCAUCCAUUGCAACACACUAAGCAACAACAACCCGGUAUCUAUCCCAUUUCACUGUUCAGGCUGCAUUUCGGCGCCUGGCUACCCAUCUGCCGAUCAACGGUCGCUAAUGAAUCCACCCAACUCGGUUCAGCUGGCAGAAGCCACACAUUUAUGGAGUGGAUUCGGGAGACUCCUUUCCGGAGAAGACAUUGCUGACACAAACAGAGGACCGAAUGAAGAUGUUCGUCCUCGCAUCUGCUGCUCGCUCCCAAAGAAAGACGUCAGUAGACUCCGCUACUGGUUAACACUUCUACUGAAUACUCGACAAAUUCCUCAAUCCUGGGGAGCAGGCGAGCAGGUAUUUUUGGGCAAGAUCAUCGUGAAUGAAAUCCAUCGUACAAUCGUCCUCAACGCGGUCAACGAGAAGGAAGCUGAGCUCCUCGCCGUCGAGCAAGGGAAUAUUCCAUUUUUACUAACAAGGAUCGAAAUCGAAAGUCUUGAAGAAGAUAAUCGAGAAUGUUUCAUCUGCCUGGAUCAGUAUGGGCAGCGUGAAGCACCGGACGAGGAUCCGGAAGCCGCUGUCAAGUUGCCUUGUGGACAUUGUUUUGGGGAUGCUUGUAUUGGUAUUACCUUUAAGCAGCUUGAAUGGAAGUGCCCAUUCUGCCGAAGAGCGUAUUCUGAUAAAGAGUAUAGACUUGAGACUCCGGAGAUCCGCAGUCCUUGGUGGAUGGAGUGGUUGAUAAGAGCUGAAGAUUAA